GUAAUUUUCAUUUUAGAAUUGUAAGUCGUAGCAGACUGAUAACGCGCGGUUCAAGCAAAUGACCCAUUCAAAUUCCGGCAGAUCAUUUCCUUCUCGCAGUCUCCAAUGGAAAGUCGUCACUCCUCCCCGGCCGAAUCCCGGGACGAAUAACGCCCCCCUCGUGGCAGCCACCCUCGGCGGAAAAAACUUUGCCGGGGCGGCCGCCGUGGAGGAGGAGAAGAAGAAGAGUGUUGUGAUUCAUGGUGGGUUGGCCGCCGGCGGAAGCUUUUUGCAAUCUCUAUGGAAGCCGGUGAGGCCGCCGACGCCUAACCCGGGGACGAACGCCGCCGGUAUCGCCGGAGAAAAGAACUUCGCCGCCGUUGGGUUGCCCCGGAGAAUGAAGUCGCCGCCGUCAUUUUCAAAAGAUGUUGGUGAAGGUGGGAAUCAUCUUUUGCUUCCAUCUCUGCAAUGGAAGAAGCCCACCCCUCCCUCUGCUAACCCUACUCACAAUGGAUGAUGAAGUUAGUUAAAGCAGCUAGCUUCAUCGAUCAAACACUGACGUACUGAUUAGGACAUGCAUGCACGUACUAAUCGCUAUUAAUUAAAUUCUUGUAGAUAGAAUUCUGUUUAAUUCUUUCAUAUAUUCUUUGAUUCUUCAAUCUUUAAUUCCUUGUUAACUACGAAGUAUAUUGUGUACCUUGGAGUAAAUAAUAAAUUCAAUCCAAAUCACAUACGGAGUAUAAUAAAUUUCUUAUUUUCCUCUACUUGUUUGAUUAUUUAAGCCCGGAAGAAGCUCUUAAAAUUUUUUCCUGUUUUUACUUUUACAUCAAAUUAUGAUACUAUUUACUGGUAACUACUUUUAUCUCUACUAAUUAUUAAUCUACUUAUUACACCAUACUCCCUCCAUCCCAGAGUAUUCGUCCAGUUUUGACUUUUGGAACUGUUCAUCUAAGUAAUUUGACUCAUCAAAUUCUCUCAAUGUGUAAGCCUAAAUAUAGUCAUGUGUGAUCUUGUUUGAUUUGUCUUAACAUAUAGAUUAUUAAUAUAUAAUUUCUAUAAUUUUUUAAUAUACAAAUUACAAGAUAAAAUGGAUUAAAGAAGUGUAUUGGAU